UGUAUUUGCUCUUCACAUUUGAGACAAUUUGGGCAAAGAGUUUCCUCUGUAAGAAGUUUUUGUUGUUUUGACUUUUGCUAGGAGUGCAACAAUUGCAUUGAUAUUUUUAAAAAGUCUAUUUUUUUUCUUUUUAAUGUCUCUAUUACUUGCUUUUAAAAAAAUAAUUUGUUAGUUUUGCUUUAAGAAGUCAAUAUUAAAAAAAUUCUGUCAGAGUAAGUCUUUUUAUUAAUUUUAAUUAGCUUAUAAUUACUGUGAGAUAUGUUAAAUUGUGUCUCCAUGAUCAUACACACUUGUCUUUCUCUUUUGAGUUGUCAAUUUUUGCUUAAAUGCUUUUUUAAAUUUAGACAAUUUUCACGUCUCCUAUGUGAUUGAUUCAUUAUUAUUCAGUCUUCCUCUCUAUUAAGGAUUUUUGUCUUCAAGUAUACCUUCACUGAUAUAAAUAUAACAUUACUAGUUUCUUUGGGGUGGGAAGGACUCUUUACAUCCAUAUAUUCAACUUUUGUCUUCCUACUAAAGCGUAACUAAGUCUAGCAACAUUAGCUUGCUUCUUCUAGGAAUUUGCAAGAGUUGUGGAAAUUCAAAAUUAUAUCUAAUUUUGCAUUUUAAAGCAUGCCAAGUGAUUUUUCUCCACAUUGAAUUUGAUUGCCAUAUGGGGCAGUGGUUUUCAACCUUGUCUUCAUCUUAGUAUCAUCUGGGGGCCUUUAGAAACCCAAAUGCCUGGGUCAUACCCUACAUCAAAUUGGAGUUUGUGGGUUUGAGACGGAGACAUUGGUAUGCUCAAAGGUCCCCAGGUGGUUCUCUUGUGCAGUGGAGAUUGAGAUCUAGUGCCAUAGGCACAUGGGAGAGAAUAAGAAAUAAACUAGAUAAGAAUAAAAACUGGGGAGGAAUACAGAUGCUGGAUUUUUUUCUUUGAUUGAGAGAUCAUCAUUAAUUCUUUAUGAAUCAAUUUCAUCUUUGCAUCUUUUUAAAAUUUAUUCAGUAAAUACUCAUUAAAAGAAUGUCUUGUGCGAAGCACCACCUAAGGGAGUUGAAUCAAUAAUCUCAAAUCUGCUUCUAUUUCUAAUUUUAGCUGGUUUUACUGUCUAAAAAUUAUAAAUAUGCAGAUAAUUGGCAAUGAAUAAUAGAUGUAUGAUAAUUAUCUAUAUAGGACUGAUGUAUGAAUGAGUGAAAAGAAAAUUUGCUGACUGCAACAGUUCAGAAAUUGAGUGGGCAGUAUUGAUCAGAGAAUCAAUUACAUCAGAGAAGGAAAGGCAAAUCUAUGUUAAUCAGCUUUUCCUUGCUUUGACCAAAAUACUUCAACACACACACGCACACACACACAUACACACACAAAUUAGAGUAAGAAAAGUUUAUUUUGACUCACAGUUUCAGAAAUUUCCACACAAGGUUAGCUGACUCUAUUGCUCUGGGCCAGAAGCGUGGCACAGCAUCAAGGCAGAAGAGUGUUGUGAAGGAAAGCUCAUAGCAGUGGGGAAGCAGAGAGAGAUCUUUCUUUGGAACAUUCCCAGUACGUACUAUUUACAUGUAGGCCCCUCCUCCCAGUAAACCAUUCAGUCAUCAAUGUAUUGACUUACUUAUGAUUAAAGUCCUCAUGAUACAAUCUCUUCCCCAAAGCCUCAUCUCUGAACAUAUAAGACUUUGGAGUACAUUUUAGAUCCAACCCAUAAUACAAUUAAAGUUGGUUUGUAGAAAUGUAAUUAGACAAGCCAGUAAAUGUAUGACAUUCUAAACUGAGGUCAGUUGGAGAAAAGACAAUAAAAAAAAGUAGAUGACAGAAUUACAGAACUUUUUAUUUUUAUUUUUUUUAAUUUUUGCCAUUGCGGAAAUGAGAACUUGGUCAGGGUUUCUCAGACAUUAAUGUACAGAGAAAUUAACUGUUUUGCUGUUUUGUUUGUUUGUUUGUUUUGUUAAAAUGAAGAUUCUGACCUACUGGGAAGAGGAUAUGAAUUUCCUUUUUUCAAAUAAGCUUCUAGAUGAUGAAUUGUGGCUGCUGCUGCUGUGGGGACCACUCAGAAGCUGGAGCUUAGUCUUGUGAAACAAGCAGAGCAAAGAUUUUGCUGAAUGUUGAUCAGCUCAAGUAUCUAUCUGAGUCCUUGCUCAUCAUCAAGAUAAGAAUACCACUUCCUGUGACAAACAUGAGUGAGCAAUACAGCAACAAGUAAAAAGAAGCAUUUUGAAUACCCGUAACCAUUCAGCCAGGUGUUGAGAAGAUCCGGAGUAGCCGGCUACCCUUCCCUCUGACACCACCUCAGAAUCAGCCUUGGAGAUGCUUUCACCCUGUCUGUCUUCUGCAGCAGCCAAGCAGAGUGCUGACUCCUUCACAGCAGUGAGGAACUCUUCAGGCUCCAGAAGUUCUUAAAUCUGAUCUACAAUGGAAAAAUUUCUUUUUUAUCUGUUUUUCAUUGGCAUAGCAGUGAGAGCUCAGAUCUGUCCAAAGCGUUGUGUCUGUCAGAUUUUGUCUCCUAAUCUUGCAACCCUUUGUGCCAAGAAAGGGCUUCUAUUUGUUCCACCAAACAUUGACAGAAGAACUGUGGAACUGCGUUUGGCAGACAAUUUUGUUACAAAUAUCAAAAGAAAAGAUUUUGCCAAUAUGACCAGCUUGGUGGACCUGACUCUAUCCAGGAAUACAAUCAGUUUUAUUACACCUCAUGCUUUUGCUGACCUACGGAAUUUGAGGGCUCUGCAUUUGAAUAGUAACAGAUUGACUAAAAUCACAAAUGAUAUGUUCAGUGGGCUUUCCAAUCUCCACCAUUUAAUAUUGAAUAACAAUCAACUGACUUUAAUUUCUUCUACAGCAUUUGAUGAUGUGUUUGCCCUUGAGGAGCUGGAUCUGUCCUACAAUAAUCUAGAAACUAUUCCUUGGGAUGCUGUUGAGAAGAUGGUUAGUUUGCACACCCUUAGCUUGGAUCAUAAUAUGAUUGAUAACAUUCCUAAGGGGACUUUCUCCCACUUGCACAAGAUGACUCGGCUAGAUGUAACAUCAAAUAAAUUGCAGAAGCUACCACCUGACCCUCUCUUUCAGCGAGCUCAGGUCCUAGCAACCUCAGGAAUCAUAAGUCCAUCCACAUUUGCACUGAGUUUUGGUGGAAACCCCUUGCAUUGUAAUUGUGAAUUGCUCUGGCUAAGGCGUUUGUCUAGAGAAGAUGAUCUGGAGACCUGUGCUUCUCCUGCACUUUUAACUGGCCGCUACUUUUGGUCAAUUCCUGAGGAAGAGUUUUUGUGUGAGCCUCCCCUCAUUACUCGUCAUACACAUGAGAUGAGGGUCUUAGAGGGACAAAGGGCAACGCUGAGGUGUAAAGCCCGGGGAGACCCUGAACCUGCAAUUCAUUGGAUUUCUCCUGAAGGGAAGCUUAUUUCAAAUGCAACAAGAUCGCUGGUGUAUGAUAACGGAACACUUGACAUUCUUAUAACAACUGUAAAAGACACAGGUGCUUUUACCUGUAUUGCUUCUAAUCCUGCUGGGGAAGCAACACAAACAGUGGAUCUUCAUAUAAUUAAGCUCCCUCACCUAUUAAACAGUACAAAUCAUAUCCAUGAGCCCGAUCCUGGUUCCUCAGAUAUCUCAACUUCUACUAAGUCAGGUUCUAAUGCAAGCAGUAGUAAUGGGGACACUAAAAUGAGUCAGGAUAAAAUCGUGGUGGCAGAAGCAACUUCAUCUACAGCACUACUUAAGUUUAAUUUUCAAAGAAAUAUUCCUGGAAUACGUAUGUUUCAAAUUCAGUACAAUGGUACUUAUGAUGACACCCUUGUUUACAGAAUGAUACCUCCUACGAGCAAAACUUUUCUGGUCAAUAAUCUGGCUGCUGGAACUAUGUAUGACUUGUGUGUCUUGGCCAUAUAUGACGAUGGCAUCACUUCCCUCACUGCCACAAGAGUCGUGGGUUGCAUCCAGUUCACUACGGAACAAGAUUAUGUCCGUUGCCAUUUCAUGCAGUCCCAGUUUUUGGGAGGCACCAUGAUUAUAAUUAUUGGUGGAAUAAUUGUAGCGUCUGUGCUGGUUUUCAUCAUCAUUCUAAUGAUCCGGUAUAAGGUUUGUAACAAUAAUGGGCAGCACAAGGUCACCAAGGUUAGCAAUGUUUAUUCUCAAACUAAUGGGGCUCAAAUACAAGGCUGUAGUGCAACACUGCCCCAGUCCAUGUCUAAGCAAGCUGUGGGACAUGAAGAGAAUGCCCAGUGUUGUAAAGUUGCCAAUGACAAUGUGAUUCAAUCUUCAGAAACUUGUAUGAGUCAGGACUCUUCUACCACUACCUCUGCUUUGCCUCCUACCUGGACUUCAAGCACGUCUGUGUCCCAAAAGCAGAAAAGAAAGACUGGCACAAAGCCCAGUACCGAACCACAGAAUGAAGCUGUCACAAAUGUUGAGUCCCAAAACACUAACAGGAACAACUCAACUGCAUUGCAGUUAGCUAGCCGACCUCCUGAUUCUGUCACAGAGGGGCCCACAUCUAAAAGAGCACAUACCAAGCCAAAUGCUUUGCUGACUAAUGUUGACCAGAAUGUCCACGAAACACAGAGGCUGGAGUUAAUCUGAAGAGCACCACUUCUCUCUCUCCUGAAAAAAGUUGCCACUGAUAUUUUUACCGGAUAAAAUUUUAAAAAAAUGUUUCAGUUCGCAAAAGCUAAUUGUUGAACUGUUGUCCUAGAAGAAAUUGUCCACAGGAGCUGAGGCAGAAUUAUCUGAUGCCAGUGGAAAAGGCUCCAUCAGACCAUGGUUCAUUCCCUUUUCAAACCAUUUUUUUUUUCUUCUUACAAGUAUUUUUUUUUAAGAAGGAAAGGAAAAAAAAAAAAACCUACAUUGGCAUCAAGUUCUGUAUCAAUCCAUCUUACAUUGCCAUUCAUGAUUUAACAGACUGUAGAAUCUUGAAUAAUCUAUAUCACUUUAACAAAUAAAUGUUUUACUAUGACAGAAUUUGCACAGUGCCUUAUUUAUGGAAGAACCUAUUGCUUCAAGUGUGAGUGAUGAAGUGAGUUUUUCAAUAAAAAUACUGUUUUAUUUCUAGUAGUACAAAAACCUUGUAGAAUCACCGAUUUUCUAUAAUAUUGGAACAUUUUCUUCCAUUACUGAGAAUGGGCACCCACAUCUAUGGGAGAGCAAUACAGCUAUUUAAAUAAUCUUACAGGAGUUUUAUGCCUCAUUUAAGGCAAGAAGUAAAGGAGUCACUCUUCUUACAGUGGGACUGCAGGAAAGAAUAAAUAGGCACAUUAUUAAUAAUCCAAUUUGAUUCAUUGCUUUUCUUGAUAGUUAGGACAAAAGAGCCUUUAAUAAUUGCAGGGCUUAUAUGUCAAUAUAAGUGUCCAUUUCUCUAAUUCUGCACAAUUUCAGGAUAAAGAACAUGCAUCUGAUUUAACACCAGCAUAUAAAAACUAGGAUAUCUUUGAUGACUAACAAAUGUGAAUUGAGUCAAGUUUAAGCAGUGUCUACACAGCUUUUAAGAGCUUGUCUUGGUUUAAAGUGGUACUGAGAUGUUUUAGUUUGGCAAUAUACCUACUAUAAUCUUCCAAAUCUAAUACAUAGCAUAAUAUGAAAACUUGUAGUACUUGGCAUAAGAUAGAAGUUUAAUUUAAAAAAAAAUAACCUUUUAUCCUCAAUUGAAGUCACAUUCUCUAAAACAAAGUCAUGUUUCUAUUCUUCACAAUUUGGGUAUUUCUAUUAUAAGCAAUAAAUAUUUUUUAAAUGUCUCAAAACAAAAAAAAAAUUUGCCUUCAAAAUUUCUAAAAUGAUCUUUUAACUGUUCCAACCCUUAUUGACUACUACCAGUAUCUCAGCCUCCAUAGACAAUUUACAGAAUUUCACCCAUUGGAGCUUCAGAACUUGGAAGCUGUGCUCAGGGGCUUGCCACAUUAGAGACACAGACAAACAAAAUGCAUGACUAAAACAGAAGUAACAGAUUUGAGUUGCAAUUUUGUGGAUAAUUAGUGAAAUUGACAAUUUACCUAAUUCUCUGUUUCUUGAUAAAUCUAAUUCUCUGAAACAAUCCUGUUUAUGUAUGUGGAAAUAUUUUACACAUAUACAUGUUUAUAUUGAUAAAAAGGAGACAAACAAGAAGCAUUACCUUUGUAGAUCUCUCUUUUUUGGGGGGUUGGAGUACUGGGGAUUGAACUCAGGGACACUCAACCACUGAGCCACAUCCCCAGCCCUAUUUCUUAUUUUAUUUAGAGACAGGGUCUCACUGAGUUGCUAAGCGCCUUGCUAAAUUGCUGAGGCUGGCUUUGAAUCUGCAAUGCUCCUGUCUCAGCCUGCUGAGCUGCUGGGAUUAUGAGCAUGCGCCAUCACUUCCAGCUGUAGAUCUCUUUUUAUACACAACUUUUCAAAUAUACAGUGUCAGAAACAAGAAUGGCUUUGCUUUGGUGGAUCUUGAUACAAAGUAACAUUUUGAGGUCUCUCUUCUGAAAACCUGCUAGCUUUUUUCAAGGGCAUUAUACUGUUUAUCCUUAUAUUUCAUCUAACCCUUGCUUUUCUUGAUGGUGAUACCUCCUCAGCAAGUAUAGUCUGACCUGUUAUGUACUUCUUCAUUUCUUUAGAAUAAUUGUGCUAUUGUUUUCCAUAGAAAAUAAUUUUUAGUGUGUUCAAAUUAAAAUUACACUUCAUCACUCAAAAGUCUUUGCACCAUGUCUUCUACAAUUAAAUAAAAAACUUCCAUUUAUGUAUGUGUUCAAUCAAGCAUUAAUCAAGCAUUUAUAAUGUAUGCAUUUUCUUUGUUUAAUGUUGUUAAGAAGAGGCACAGUCUGAUUCUCAAGCUGUGCAAUAAUAAAUUGCUUUCAUGCAAUGAUUACACUUGUUAUACUAAAGAGAUUUAAGUGAACACUGGUGUACGCAUAUAACACUAAUGAUUAUUCAUAAAUGGAAGUUCUACUUUUAUGAAGUGACAAAAUAAUAUUCUGAAGAUAAGUUGAGAAAUUAUUUCAGUAGAGCAUAUUAUAAUGUCCAGGAGUAAGAGUGAAUUUCAAUGAGUGUCAAAUAUAACAUAAAUAGACAUCAACUUGUCUUUAAUAUAUUUCACAUUCCUGAGACAUUUUGGAAAUAAUCCAGUUGCUAAAAUGUAUAUUGUAGGUAUGAAUACUUGUAGUUCAACUUAUGUGAAAUCUUACACUAUAGCAUAAAGCACAUCAAGCACAUACAUAAGGAAUUCAAUGUUUGAAUAUGAUGUACAUAUAGCUUGGAUAAGUAAGGUAGACUGAAAACUAUAAUUUACAUUUUGAAAAUACACAAUCAUUAUUUUUAAAGUCCAUAGUAAAUGUAGAGCUGAAUAUUACCAGUAAAAUAAUGUUAUUGGUUGAAAUGAAUAUGUUACACAUAAAAUAAAGCUUAAAUAAAAUUAUCAAUUUCAUUCAUAAUUUAGUAACUCCCAGAUUAGAUUUUUACAAAUCUUGCUUGUUAGUUGCAUCUUAUGCUUUUUCGUAUAUAGAGAAUGCUUUAUGUACUUUGUGGGGUUAUCCUCCAGACAUAUUCACAGACUCAGACUAUUUUUUUCUUCACUCUUUUGUACUUACUAUAAAAAGUUGUCCAUUGUUUAUUUACCUUUUUAUUUUCAAUAUUUUUUUACUCAUGUUUUACAGGUCUAACAAUUAAACAUAUGUGCAUGUGUCUAUCUGAAUAUAUCAAGAUAUAUGCAAUUAUUUAAAACUACAAAUGUUGCAGAAUAUAUUAUGUACAAAGUGAUAGUUUCUAACAAAUGACUUUAAUAUAUAAGUGUAAUAUAUAGCAAAACUGCCUACAAUGUUUUUCUUUUUUCUUUCUUUCUUUUUUUUGUAUUGGGGAUUGAACUCAGGGGCACUGGAAUACUGAGCCACAUUCCCACCCCUAUUUUUGUAUUUUAUUUAGGAACAGGGUCUCACUGAGUUCCUUAGGGCCUUGCUUUUUGAACUUGCAAUCCUCCUGGCUCAGCCUCCCAAGCAGCUGGGAUUACAGGCAUGUGCCAUUGCACCCAGCCCUACACUGUUUUUCUUAAAAGAAUUUUCAUUGUGAAUAAAUAUAAAAUGUGAUAGUUUAUCCAUUUCAAGUAUAAAAGUAAAUGACAAUUAUAUUCACCAAUGUUGUAUAAUCAUUGUUACUUUAAAAAGAUAAAAAUAAAUUUAAAAAAUUAUUUAAAAACUGUAUAUUACCCCAAACAUAAAAUAUACACAUUUAGGAACAAUAUUAACUUUUCUCUCUCUCAGCCCUGGAUAAACUCUGAACUGCUUUUUUCUCUAUGAAUUUUUCUAUUCUAGAAAUUUCUUACAAAUGAGAUCAUAUGUAAUAUUUGUCCUCUGUAAAUGGUUUAUUCCACUUAUAAAAGUUUAAAGAUUAUUGUAUGUUGAGUUUUACAUCAGGACUUAACUUCAUUUUACAAUUGAGUAAUAUUCCAUUGCAUAUAUACCUUUAUCUAUAUACAAAUACAUGUGGUGUGUGUACACACACAGACACAUAAAUCACAUUUAACCAUUCCUUUUUUGAGUUACUUAUGUUGUUUCUACUUCUUGACCAUCAUAAAUAAUGCUUCAAUGAUGUAAAGUUAUCUGUUUGAGUCUGUUUUUAAUUCUUUAGGUCUAUAUAUUUAGCGGUAUAAUUUCUAGUUUACAUGUUAAUUUCAGUAUUGAUUUUUUAAAGCUAUUUAAGGAACUGCCAGUUUGAUUUCCACCAGAAAUACACCAUUUUACAUUCCUUUAACUAAGGUAUGAGGGUUUUAGGGUUCUAGAUUGUCAUCCUUGUAAUGUUCAAAAAAAAAUUGUUUUCAUUCAACUUGUGUGAAGUACAGUAAUUUGCCAUUUACAAUAAGGAAAUAUUCUAAGAAAUGCUCUAUUACGUGGUCUUGUUGUUAUGCUAACAUCAUAACAUGUUUUUCAACAAAUUAGAACAGCUGCAACAUCACUAAGCAACACAAUCUUAAGCGUCUAAGGUCAUAUACGCGAUUUAUCACAGACUGGUGUUACGCCACAUGUCACUGCAUUUCACUGUGGUCGCAUCUGUAUUCCCCGGUGACUAAUAGUGCAAAGUGUUAUUUCAUCUUCUUAGAUAAUUCUAAAUAUGCUUUGAAGAUAAAUCUACUACAUAUUUUUUGAAGAUAUAUUUACUCAAGUAUCUUGCUUAUAGAAAGAAGUCUAUUGUUUUGCUUUUGUUGUUGAGUUGGAGGAAUCAUUGCUAGUACUUUGUCAGAUUCAUGACAUGUAAAUAUUUCUGCCAUUUUGUGGGCUAUAUUUUGACAUCUUUGAUUUUGUUCUUUGAUGAAUAAUUUAAAUAAGUUUGAAAUACAAUUAUGAAGUUUUCUAUUAUUUCCUUGUUCUUUUAGUGUUUUCUCAAAGAACCCACUGCAAAACCAGAAGACAAGAACCUUUAUCCAUAUUUUUCUCUAAGAGUUCAAUCAUUUUAGCUCUUAUAUUUCAGUGGUUGAUUUAUUUUGAGUAAAGUUUGCUUAUGGCAUUGAUAGAGGCCCAAAUCUAUUUGUUUAUUUACCUAUGUGUUUUUUUAAUGUGGAAAUUUAGCUGUUCCAGCAUUAUCUGUUGAAAAACUGAGACUUUCCUCAUUUAUUAGACCAGAAAGUUUUAUAAAACAUAUAAACAAGCAAACAACAACAAUAGCUGGGCAUAGGACUAUGGGUUUAUCUUUAAGAUUUCUAUUCUAAUCCAUUAGUUUACAUGUCUGUGUUUAUGUCAGUACCAGAGCAUUUUGAUUACUGCAGUUAUAUAAGUUUUAGGAUUGAAAAGUGUAUGUACACCAGUUUGUUCUUCUUUUUCACAAUUGUUUUGGCUACUCGGGGUCCCUGAAAAUGCCAUAUUAGUCUGAAAUUUGUUUUUUCCAUUUAUAUAAAAAAGGGGGGUGGAUUUGUGCUGGAGUACUGAAAGAGAUGACAUUAAAUUUGUAUCUUGCCUUGGGUAAGAAUGAUAAGGUGUCAAUACUCAUAUUUUCAAUCCAUGAACAUGGGAUGUCUUUCCACAUAUUUGUGUCCUCAUUCAUUUCUUUCAACAAUGUUUUAUUAAUAUUAAUAAAAACAACUUAUUCUGUAUAUUGACUUUUUUACUUGAAACUUUGUGGAAUUUAUUGUUUAGCUCUAGUAAUUUUCUUAUAGGGUUUUGAGAUUAUCUACAUAUAACAUCAUGCCAUCUGUGAAAAGAGAUAAUUUGUUUUUUCCAUUCCAAUUUAUAUGCCUUCUGUUUUCUUUUUCUUGACUAAUCUUACUGGCUUGAAAUUUUAGUAGAAUAUUAAAUAACAGUGGCAGAAAUAGUCAUCCUUGUGCUGUUUUUGAUAUUAGAGGAAACCUUUCAAUCUUUCAAAAUUAGUGUGGAUUUUCCAUAAAUGGACUUUAUCAUGAUAAGGAAAGUUGCUUUUGUUCCUAUAUUUCUAUAGUGUCAUUAUAUAAAGUUCAUUAUAUUUUAUCAAAUGUGUUUUUUUAGUGUCAAUUGAGAAGAUCUUGUGGACUUUCUUUAACCACAGUUCUAUUAACAUAAUGUAUUGCAUUAAUUUUCUUAUCUGUAGUAUCCUGUACAUAGCAUUUGUAGGAUUGCUACAUGUUCUUUGUGUAUAAUAUUUUCAAUAUGCUGAUAAACUUGUUAUGGUAGAUUUUGUUGAGGACUUUGUACACACACACACAAACAUACACACAAUUGAUAUUUGUGUAUAUUUCUAUUUCUUUGAGAUAUAAUUUUUUGCCUUUUCAUCAGGACACUAUUGAUCUGGAAUGAGGGAACAUGUGAGUUUUACUCCUGUGCGUUUUUUGUUGUUGGAAAUUUUUUAUUGUUGUUUGUUUGUUUUUUGAAGAGCUUAAGAAAAAUCAAUGAUAAUACUUCUUUAAGUGUUUAGUAGAAGUCUAUUGAUUUAGGGGCUUUAUUGUGGUAGACUUACUAAGAUUUUCUAGUUUCUCUUAAGUCAUUUUUGUAAUCUCUGUGUCUCUAAGAACUUUUCUGUUUUUUCUAGGCUCUCUAAUUUGCUAAAGGGCAAUUGCUCAUAAUAUUUUGUUAUGAUUAAUGUUCUUUCUUUAAGAUUAGUGCUAUCCAAUACUGAUUGGUGCAUUGAAAUCUCCAGUCAUUAUUGCAGAACAUUAUUGCAUUUCCACCUUCAGUUUUGUCCAUGUUUGCUUAAAAUAUUUUGGAGC